AUGGCAGCAGCGGCAUGUAUGACUAAUUUAAAACCAACACUGUCAAGUAUUGUUGGACCAGAAGUGAAAUUAUUUUUAAUUGAUUUUGUUAUUAACAAUGAAACAGUUGAUAAAAAUGUCAAACAUGAUUGCGAAAAACUUCACGAACAGUUAAUUAAUGGGUUUCAUGCGCCUGAAGUGCAGUUAGGACAAACUCUUAAAUUGCCGAACAAUAGUAUAACAGCUUUAAUUCACUCGGAAAUGGAAAAAUGUACAUGGACAAUUGAAAUCAUGUGUAAUUCAUUGAUACCGUCUGCAAAAUCGUACAAUGAAUAUUUUGAAAAUAAAAAAAUUAUUAAAGACAUACACAAUAUGGUGUUCGUUUGUAUUGAUCGGGUUGAUAAAGAUAAUUGUACAUUAUUCAAAACAUAUUUUGCUGGGAAGAGUUUUCAAUUACCAUUGCGAUCUCAACAAAAUAACGAAUGGUUAUAUCUUGAAUUGUACCUUAAUAGUAAACCACCGAAAUCUUAUAGUGUUGAACAUUACUUAUUUUAUCAAGCAACAAAUAAUAUCAUUUUAAGAGUAACAUUUAAAGAAAAAAUAACUAAAGAAGAAUUGCCUUCACAAGUUAAAAUACAAUUGUAUACGUUGAUUGAAGAGUUUUAUUUAAAUUCGCACCGACUUCCGAUUGAUUGUAAUGGCAAUGUAGUUAGUCCAGAUAAAACAGAUUUACAACCACUUACGUCAAAUAAAUUAGAUUUGAAAUUUGAUAAAAUUGAUGGACAAACAGCUAUUUAUGCUGCAGCAAGUAUGGCCUCGACAACUGGUAUUAGUGAUUUUGGAAAAAUAGUUAGAGAAGUUCGUAUAUGGCAUGGUCACAUCCCAAUAGAUCAAAUUAGAAGUAUUUCCUUGCUCGAUGAUGUGCGCCAGUGGAAUGAAUUAUAUACAAAAGAAAGUAGUGAAAAUAAUAAUGACCAAAAACAAAUGUUUUUUGUCAACGAACAAGAUAAUCGAAGUGAAUGUUGUCUAUUACUCGACAACGGCAAUUCUGAAACAACUAGUCCACUGACAGAUGAUGAAGGUGUGAGCACAAUCAAAAAGACACAAUAUGAUUGUUAUUUCAAAUACAUAAAUGACCCCAAAAAUUGGAUUCUAAAUGAUGGACAACGACGGAUAACAAAAAUAUUAUACUCACCUGUUUACUACGUGUUAGCAGCUUCGUCGUGUCACUUCGGAGAGCCAGGUCCGGCUGUGUUUGAUGAAAAUCACGUUGAUAUCAAAGGAAUCAUUACUGAUCCCAAUAAACGGGGAAGAAUCAAAUUAGCGUAUGUUACUGAAGGAAAUAAAAGAGUUGUAUUAUGUUCAGCCAAAAUGGUCCACUUUGGUCGCUAUUUAUUUCGGACGUUCUAUUUUGUUGAUGAACAAAAUAGCAACGGAGAAAUUAUACGAUAUUUAUUUUCAGCUGAAUAUCCCUAUAUUUUGUCCGUUCUAUCACAAAUGAAUUUAUCCGAUGAUCAAAAACGAAUUGAAUAUCUUCGAGCGUGUAAUAUCUUUCAACGUAUCCUUAUUACCCAUCAACUGACUGAUAGCGUAAAAAUAAUCAUGUAUGACGAUGAUAAUAACGAAAAACAAGGUGAAAGAAAACGUGAAACGAUCGAUUCAACAUUAUUUCCAGCUUAUAGUGAAGGUAUAACAAUGUGGGAACAAAUUAGAGCGGAUAUUAUUCAUUGGAACCGAGAAUUCGAUGCAGAAACAGAUUUCGCAACAAUCAAACCUAUUAUUAACGAAAAAAAGAAGGAGAUACCUAUUCAACGCUAUUUUAUAGCUAAUACACCAGAAAAUAAACGAAUUCAAGAUUUUAGAUAA